AUGAUGAGGAACAUCUGCAUUCUCGUACCCCUACUGCUCCUCCUUCCUCCUGUGAAGCUUACAGACCUGAGAGCUCUGACCUUUAUAUAUUACAAUAUAGAGAAGUCCUGGGCAGAUGCACAGGCCUUCUGCAGGGAGAACCACACUGACCUCAUCACUAUCAGAAACGCAACAGAGAAUUUGGCCUCUAUCCACGGCUGGCUCGGUUUGUACCGAGACGAUUCAACCUCAGAAUGGAAAUGGUCCAGAGGAGAUGAGAGGGCCAACUUCACCACGUGGAGAGACGAUGAUCCCGACGAUGGUGAAAACUGUGCUUUCAAGUCCAAGUCUGAAGAAAAAUGGCGCAGCAAAACGUGUGGUGAGCAACGUACCUUCAUGUGCUACAAUGAGAAGCUGGUUCUGGUGAGGACGAGGAAGACGUGGGAGGGGGCGUUACGGCACUGCAGGGGUCUGAAGGCGGUGGACCCAAGCAAGCCAGCCGACGCCUUCCGAAACCACCAGUACGACCUGGCCACCCUGAUCAGUGAAGAUGACCACGUCUUUGCACGAGAGAAGGCGCAAGAGACUGACAAUGAUUCGGUGUGGACAGGCCUACGCUUCCUGGCCGGUCAGUGGAUGUGGGUCGGUGGAGAAGCAGUGCUUUACGAGAAUAUGAGGAGAUGCCCCAAGGACCACUGUGGCACCCUGGUGAAGAACAGCACCAAACCUUUCGCAACAAGAGACUGUGCGGAACGAAGGAGUUUCCUCUGUUACAAGAAGCCUUAAACGCAUCAUUCCAGUGAAUCUCAUGCAUCCAAAAACUCCACUUCUUCCACCCUGUUCCAUGUUUCGAUUCUGUCAUUUCUACAAUAUUUCUUGAUUGAACUGUUGAGCAAUAGACAAAAGUUUAGAUGAGAAUAAAUGUAUACAAACUUAGCUCAUUCCCAGAGUCCCAAAUGUGUUUGAUUUGUAAGAAAUGGAUAGAAUUAUAAGGUAGGUCAAAAACCGGUUAGCAUAACCGCUAACUGUUGCUCAUUGCUGUCUCACGACUUCAU